GCUCCUCAAACGCGUCGAAAGCACAGCAGGCUUCACCUGGACGUUCACGGACGAGUGGUACUCUUAGAUCUUCACAAUGAAGAGAAAUCACGACUUCAGCUCCUCUGACAGCGAAUUAGAUGAAAAUAUUGAAGUGGAGAAGGAGAGCGCUGAUGAAAACCUGGGUAUGAGUCCUCCACUCGAAUCGGUUUCUCCUUCCACUACUCAAGUACAAGCAAGAAAACGUCGCCGAGGGAUCAUUGAAAAGAGGCGCAGAGACCGCAUUAAUAACAGCCUGUCCGAACUGCGCCGCCUUGUUCCCAGUGCUUUUGAGAAACAGGGCUCAGCUAAACUGGAGAAAGCCGAGAUCUUGCAGAUGACUGUGGAUCAUUUGAAGAUGCUUCAUGCAGCUGGAGGCAAAGGUUACUUUGACGCCCAUGCUUUGGCGAUGGAUUACCGUGGCUUGGGUUUCCGCGAGUGUCUGGCGGAGACAGCCCGAUACCUGAGCAUCAUCGAGGGUCUGGACAACACUGACCCACUCCGCAUCCGCUUGGUGUCCCACUUGACCAACUACGCCACUCAGAGAGAGGCUCACACAGGUCUCGGGCAUUUAGCCUGGGGCUCGGCGUUCAGCAGCCCUCACAUGGCACAUCACCUCCUCUUACCACAGCAUCAACAAGGGGCAUCGUUAUCACGCAACCCCAGCAGUCCUGCGUCCUCAUCCUCAUCGUCGCCCUCCUCCUCACCAUCAGCGCCCUCCUCAGAAUCCCAUGGCUGCAGCAGGCUUUCUGUCAAGGCGAUCAGCGAGGCAGGACAUAGCAGACCGCUCAGGGUACCCCCUGCAACCGGCGCCAUUCCCCCAGGGCUCACGCCAGCUUCCGCAUCUAAGAUUUCUCCCCCACUUCUUACAUCACUGUCCAGUAUCUCGGCUUUUCCCUUUCCACUAAGCGCUUUUCCCCUGCUCUCACCCAGCACACUGGGUCACACCCCAUCCAGUAGCCUGGGGAAGCCCUAUCGCCCAUGGAACAUGGAGAUCGGUGCUUUCUGAACUCUUAAACCAGAUCACGUGGAGAAAUGACUUUUUUUCAGACCAGAAAAGACUCGAACGAUGUGAGUUUGCAGGUCAGGACUCAACAAAGUGGAAAGACAACGCAGGACUUAUGUACCAGAAAAUUAGUUGUAUGUGUUUUUUGUUGUUGGUUUUUGCAGAUUUUUUUACUUAAAAUUUCAUGUCCUUUAAAUUUGAGCUAAUCAGGGAUAGGUUCUGCUGGUAGCCUGAUUAAAGUCUUAAGAUGAUUAAUGGUUUUCUUUCUUAGUUAAACAGGGUGCUGUGCUGGUACAAUGCCCUGCCUGGAUGCUGAUGCUGAUAGAAAGAUAAAGGAAAUGUCCUGAUAUAAUGGAGGUUUUGGGGCUGAGGUACUGUUACAGCAAAAUAGUUGGCACUGAGUGUUAAAACUAGAACCAGGUUUUUAUAAUAAUGAAAAGUACUAAGUAAUAUCAGUGUGUAGUUCCAAACGAGAGGCAGAAUAUUGUCCACCCCCAUGUCUUAAUAUUUCAAUUAAGCCUGAUAAAAUCCAGUCCCCGAGUCAUAUUUAGAAUUGACAGGCUCAUGGGUAAAAUAUAAAGGGAUUAUUUGACUCCCUCUUACGUCUUGGCAAGAUACCAUUGUUUUAUAUUAUGUUUGUAUUUGACUUUGUAUUUCUGCAAAGUUUAAGAGCUAUGCAAUCGAUCUGUGGUAUUACAAGAUUACGAAAUCUCUAUGGUUUAAGAUCUGGCGCGUUCUUGUGUAUAAAUGCAUACAGUAAAAGCUAUGCAACGGAGACAUUUUUUGUUCAUAUCUAUUUAUAUGAAAUGUCUUGAACUGUGGUAGUCAGUGUUGGGGGUUUUAUUUGCUUUUUAACCCCUUCUAAUAUUGUGACAAGCUUUUAACACUGUUUCAGAAAGGACAAUCUCUCAAAAAGUCACUUAAUAAAUAAUGUAAAAUAUCA